CAAGUCGCGUCGCGUGGUACAGAAGCGAGUCACUCAAUGCACUUUGUAUUAUAGCUUUACGCGAUGAACGACUUUGAUCAAAACGUUCGGGUGAGUUUCAAGCUUUCGCGUGAGGCUGCCAUGAAGCUUCGUGAGUUUGCGCUAACCAAGACUGAACUUCUGUGUAAUCUCGGCGUAUUUGCUGUUCAAUUGGGCAACGAGUCGCAGAUAUGCAUUUCCUCUCCGUUAAACUUCGACAAAGAUGUUCUCACCGGCGCGUCGCACUGCGCAAAAACCAGUGCCGGUAGACAACAGAAAUCGCAAAAUGGACAGGCGAAAAAACCGGGCGAAUUACGUGACUCUAGACGCAGCCUACCCAAGAUCGACAAAGCGCUUUUAAAUGUUGACAGAGGAGUGCGACCCGUAGACCUAGCACUAGCCCGAGCUACGGCUGACUCGGUGAUGAUUUCCGAUGGUUUAUCGUCGAUGAACUCGCUAAACAAAGCAGCAUUCAUGAAUAGGACAUCGACGCAAAAGAACAGAACUACCAGCCCGAAAACGGACCUUAUAUCAAGGAGAGAAGGACAUCAUAACAAAAAUAGCCUUCGCGAUUCAUCAGCGUCCGCGGUUGGGAACAGUAGCCCAACAAAUCAAGUGGCAAUGAAACCCAUAUCCUACCAUGGUGUUAUCAAGUUUAACUCGAAAAACGACGAGGAGCUAUGUAGAAGCUCACCGUAUGGGAAAGAAGACUCCGAUGAUGCCAGACGCAGUAAAAACGUAAGAGGCGAUAGCGUUUGUCGUCAGGAUGAAAUUCAAGAUGGUUUGUCACGGAAUAUCGAGCGUGUAGCGAAUGAUGCAACGAAAUAUGGGAAGGAAUUGAAAACGGCCUCAGAAGACGUACGCAAAAUCCUAACGCAAAGCAACGAAGUGAGCGUUCCCAAGCUUCAAGUAAAUUCUCAAGAUUUAUCCAAGGCUUCCUCUUCCAUUGAUCCUGAUUCGAAUAAGAACAAAGAUGAGAAAAGAGCAAUCAAAAUGGACGCGCAAACGGCGACCUUGAAUGAACAUGAUGGUAUGUCUAAUAUGACAGAUUCAUUUGAAUGUAGUGUAAACACGGACAUCAAUAGCGGCCUAUCAACAUUUCCUGCGCAAGGCAUCUCGUUUGCCCAACACUUGAUAAACCUUAGUAAACAAUAUCGGUUGGAAAACGAAAAAUCGCCGAUAAUGGGAAGCGAGAAAUUUUUCGCGACACAAGCGUCGCGAAUUGUUCGCAACGAUCACGUCCUCCGAUGCUUCACCACCGGAUGCGAAAAACAAGAGGAUUUUAUGGGCUUUACGGGUCAAAAUGCGCUGUUAUUCGAUGGCAGUUACAAGGCGACAGCCGUGAAAAGUGCCGAAGAGUUGAGCAAAGAGCAAAGCGAAGCUUCGCCGACUAAUUUGGACUCCAUGUCAGAAACAUCGGCUGAUUCCCUUUUCGAAGACGCGAGAUUGGGAAGUGUGGAUGAAUUAAGCUUGUCUCCUUCUUCAAACGAGAAUGCGCCUGCUUCCAGCGAAGAAAACUCCAGGGCGACCUCACCAACCCCUCCAGAAAGCAAACGGCCAGAGGAUCAACAAACGAAGACAAAGCAGGAAAAUCGAAAGAGGAAAUUGUAUCAAAGGUACGUGAAAGGACACACUGGAAUAAUAUGUAAGCUGUGCAUGCAUCCAGUUUCCAAAUCGUACAGCUGCUACAAGCUUGCUCACGCCCCGAAAGAGAUUCGUCAUUUAUUCGAUGAUGGCUCCCAUUGUGUCAGAGUUUGUCGAAGAUGCCUGCCGUACAAAUCGCCAAAGAGAAGCGAAAAAAAUACGCAGAAGAAACUACAUAAGACUAUCGAAAAGCUUCUGAAAUAAGAAUAUUUGGGGUAGAGACACUCUAUAAUACAACGAAAAGUCUGUUGUCCGUCUCGUUUCCGACAAAACCGACAAUCCUCUCGGACUCAAAAUGAAUAUUCAACCGUAGUACUAUGAACCUAUAGUUGCAUUCUGUUUGCUCGCCUUUAGGAGACAUUAUAAGUCUUAUAGAUAUGAGCUACGUCUAUGACGGCACUGGCAAGUUUAUAAUGCUAAUUCACGAGACGAAAUGCGAACGUUUUUUAAAAUCUUCUUCACCAAUUCUUUACCAAUUUACCACUAAACAUGUUGGUGAAAAUUUGGUGAUUUACAAACUAGUUUCAUACUGUCUUUUGAUGCGAAAUUUCGUCAGGAAGAGAACUUUUUUCGUCGAAGGUCUCUUUUCAAAAUAUGCAUUAUCUUACUUUCAUUUCCAAAUCACGAAUUCACCCAGUUCAUAUAUAUUCGAACCCUUUUAGGGUCUAAUUUUGAGCCCCCGGGCUAAAUGGCUACUGCAGAGCCUUAAAAACAUAUAUUUAUAAGCCGGUGAAUAAUAACUUUAGUGUUUUAGUUAGGUUUAAAAAUAAUUUUAUUGUUAUAUAAUGUAUAAUUUUAUACACAAUUUUAAAAAUAUACUGUAUUUUGGCCGUACA